GACUGGUUCAUUAACAAUUACAUGGAUACCCAUGGCACAGGUGGCACGAUAUAUAAAGUCACGAGAAUCGGCGUGGCCAGCUAUUAGUUCGGCUCGUUCCAGCGACCGGUCGAGGUCCGCGCGCGCGCGAGAGCAAACUUGUUCGAUCCCUACACGUCGGUAUCUCCUGACAAUCGUAAAUCGGCCGAUUUAAUCGCACCAACACGUGCCGGAGUGAACGACUUGGAGUCGCUCGUACGGAACGUACGUUUCGAUCAGCCUCCACCAGCUCGCUCCGACGUCUCUUCCUCGUUCUCGUCGUCGUCGUCGUCGUCAUAGCGACUUGAAGGAGACCAACCACGAACAGAUCUCGAUUGCUACUAUCGCCACCAGCUCGGGUCCUGGCAAAGCCACUCGCGCCUACAUCCUUACGAACGCUGCUUCUGGAACUCGUGGAAAUCUCCAUUACGAUGCUGUCUGUCGAGAGGAACGUCGGCCUCAUCCUGAUGGCUGUCACGUGUCUCUUGACGGAGCACUGCGCGGCGUCGUGCCUUGGGAAAACUAUGCUGAGGUCCGGCGGUAUAUCGUGUGAAGAGAAGCAGAUUAUCUUGGACGAGCACAAUCGAUUGAGGCAACUAGUAGCGCUGGGACAGAUACACGGUCAACCUAGCGCGGAGAACAUGAUGGAAAUGAUAUGGGACGACGAACUCGCCGCUAUAGCGCAAAGAUGGGCGGAUCGUUGCGCGGAGACGCACGACAGUCUAAGGAACGUCCGCAGAUUCGCUGUAGGACAGAACAUCGCUCGCACAUGGACGACCAGGCCCCCGGGACCUUACGACGGUGAGCCGAAUUGGCGACGACAAAUUUCCGGUUGGUUCAACGAAGUGCAGUACUACCACACGGGUUACAGCAAAGCUACCGGGCAUUACACUCAGCUGGUGUGGGGCGACACUUUCCUGCUGGGAUGCGGAUACUCGUUCUACUACGAUCCAGCUCGCGGCUACACCAAGAAUUACGUAUGCAACUACGGGCCGAGUGGGAACGUGCUCGGUUAUCAACCUUACAAAUCAGGUCAGCCGGCGUGUGGCAGUUACGGGAUGUCCUACAGCAACAGAUAUGCCGGACUAUGUUCGCGUGGAAGUUAUUAUCACCUGGGAGCGCUGUGUGUGUACGGGUAACGUCGUAACAUUCUGCGGAUAUUCGCCGAAGAACAUCUCCGGUUUCGGGACGAGCUGCGCCAAGAACCCCCCAGGCUCAUUCGUCAUUCUUUCUCAGCACUGCUGAGGGAUUUUCUUCAUCCAGGACGGACAUGAAAUCUCGUGACCAUGCAACUACUGCCCACGUGCGCCCCGUGAAUCGCGUGUUGUUGUUGUGCCGUUCAUAUUGUGGAAUGCACAGGGAUGCACAGAUUCGUUUAUAGCCUCGUGGUUAGCUGCGCGAAAUAAUUUCGUUUGGAGAAAAAGGAAAGCAGAAAGAAAAGGAAAAAAUAAGUAACACGUACGAGAGAGUUUUCCGAGACGAAGGUCGGGGAACACAACGGUCAUCCUUAUUUGUUUGUUCUAGUUCAAUCUGUCUAGUCUAUUCAUAGCUAAUAGAAAUUAGUGAAUUAAGAAAGAGCGCAACAGUGUAUCAAGUCUCGAGUUAAUGCUCUUGUUGUUGUACAGAGAGAGAGGCAGAAGGAGAAGGAGGAUAGAUAAAGCACUCAAGAUUAGUUUAAUCUAACAUAAUUAAACAUAAUAAUAUCAACAAUGUAUCGACAUGACUAGACAUUCUGUAAAAAAUAAAUAGCACUGAACUUCAAUAAAACCUUAACAUUCGCUAGACUAAAAUUUAUCAGUCUUCCUAAUUACUUCACAAUUCCUAAUCAUUUAGUUCAUGAUGUGCAACCGUGUGAUGCAAAUUAUUCAUGAUAAUGCUAUGGUUUAACUCAUGAUAAGGGUAUCAUAUAUUUUAUUAUUUUGUUAAUAUAUGUUUAGAAGCAAUUCACACACACGCGCGCAUAUAUGUGUGUGAAACGCAGAAUUUUACCGGGAAGAAUUCUCUACACGCACAUACACACACACAUUUUUAUAGUCGGUGAUUGUUCGGA